CACGUGACAUAUCCUGAAGGGUUCGUCAUCCGUUUUAAGUUUUCUUUUCUUCCUUGCACGCUCAUCACUUCCUUUUCCUUUGGACUUGCGAGAACGACGGAAGUGUCGGAUCUCGUCUCUUGGAUUCCUCCUCCAGCAGCUCCACAAAGACUUCACCAUGUCUCUGUCGGCCGCCCGUCCCGUGAUUACGGUUUACGGCGAGAAGAACGAGCCCUCGGGCACGACUUGCUCUUUGCCGGCCGUGUACAAGGCCCCCAUCCGACCGGAUAUCGUGUCGGUCAUUCAUCACGAGAUCGCCAAGAAUCACCGACAGGCUUAUGCGGUCAACCAGGACUCUGGUCAUCAAACCAGUGCUGAAUCCUGGGGAACUGGCCGCGCCGUGGCUCGUAUUCCUCGCGUCCGCGGAGGUGGUACCCACCGCUCCGGUCAGGGAGCUUACGGCAACAUGUGCCGAGGCGGUCACAUGUUCGCCCCCACCAAGACCUGGCGCAGAUGGCACCGCAAGGUCAACGUGGCCCAGAAGCGGUAUGCCAUGUGCUCUGCUAUCGCCGCCACCGGCGUGCCCGCCCUCGUGAUGGCCAAGGGUCAUCGCAUUGAGAACAUCCCCGAGGUGCCUCUGGUUGUGUCGGACAAGAUUCAAAGCUACAACAAGACCAAGGAGGCCGUGAUUUUGCUCCGCCGAUUGAAGGCCUGGUCCGACAUCGAACAGGUCUACAACACCAAGCGAAUGAGGGCUGGAAAGGGCAAGAUGCGCAAUCGUCGUCGCGUCCAGAAGUUGGGACCCCUCGUCAUCUAUGCCAAUGACCAGGGUCUGACUCGUGCUUUCCGUAACAUCCCUGGUGUAGACACCAUCUGCGUGGACAACCUAAACCUGUUGAAGUUGGCUCCCGGUGGUCACGUGGGUCGCUUCUGUAUCUGGACCGAGUCCGCUUUCAAGAAGUUGGACGCUCUGUACGGUACUUGGCGCAAGGCCUCGUCCGAAAAGAAGAACUGGAACUUGCCCCAGCCGAAGAUGGCUCAGACCGAUUUGGCUAAGCUUCUCAAGUCCGAGGAGAUCCGGAAGGUGCUCCGAGCUCCCAACAAGAAGAUCUACAAGGCCGUCAUGAAGACCAAUCCACUGAAGAAUACCAGAGCCAUGGUACAAUUGAAUCCCUACGCUGUGGUUCAGAAGAAGAACGCCGAGCUCUUGGCCGCCAAACGGCUCCGAGAGAAGGCGGCCGUGAAGGCCAAGAAGGCCGGUCAAAAGCCUGCUCCUCAACCUAACGUGAAGCGAGCUGCCGCUCUAGCCAAGAAGGGCAAGGCCAAGAAGGGCAAGGGCAAGAAGUAGACCGGUCUCCUCUUUAAUAGGAUGUGUACUACUGAAGCGUGUUGACUCUUCAAUAAAUCCAUUAAACCAAAAUGGAUUUGAUUUUUCCCCGUUCCGACGGAUUUUUGGAUGAAUAAAGUUACUCCACGAGA